AUGCCCAAGACUAGCACAGACGCGACGGUGGUCAAUACCGAGCAACUCCCGCACGAACCGCAUACGAAGACACCACUAAUGCUGCGGCACAACUCGCGCAAGAUCCUCGUGCCGCGACUGGCAAACUAUGAGGCCAUGGUUAAGAUAUCCAAAAACAAGAUACGCGCUCUCCGAUAUGUCGCUGUGGAGCACCUCACCCUUACGUCGACGACCGUUCCGGGGUUUGAGGGCGAGAAGGCCGAAAUUAGCAAGGAGCUGUGGCCGGAGGUAGUGGACCAACUCAGGACGUUCGACGUACAAAGAGUACCCGAAUCGUAUACCGGUUUCGGAAAGGCGGGAUAUGGUAUGGGAGUCCGAGAAGCACCGGGCAACUUCAUCGUCAAGUACGAAGCCUUCCUCACGAGGUGGGGUAUCAGCGAAGGGGAUUGUGUGAAGCCUGAGCCCUGA